AUGAUUCCCUCUACAUUUGCCCCAGGCAUCUCACGGCGGGACACAGUCAAGUCCAAUAGUGGAUAUGAAGGGGCGUAUGCCAUGCCACCUCCAGUCGUCAGCGGAGGGAACCUUCUAGGCCCGCAAAGUGCCGGCGCAAUCUAUCAGCAAAUCCAUGAGAUGGCCGCGAAACGGAUAUCGACUCUUGACUAUUUAAGAAAGGCUCACGAAGGAAGAGUUUAUUGGUUCAAUACUGUGCAUUUCUCUCGGGCUGACAUCGCUCGGCUACCAUACUUUGAAGCCCGGAAACUUUCUCGCCGCGCAAUCAAUUACUUGCUUCUAGGCUUGUCAUUGCCAACAAUCCUUGACGUUGCCUCCACGCCGUUCGAGUAUGUGCGUGCUCUGAAUGCUUUACUCCUGGAAUUUGAAGCAUUCCAGCAAGUGCAUCCCCCAGACGGUAGCUCCUCGUCAAGUCUUGCAAGGGCCCGCAUACCCCAAAUGUUUAAGCGCGCGGCGCAUGCAGGUACAAAGACCCGACGUGCCAGCUCCGCAAAUGAGAUUGGACUUCCAUUGCAGUCCAGUGACCCUUCAGACCUGAAAAGCACCGUAGGGACACUUGGGUCGGCGUCCUCUGCCUCGGUCACCUCCUUCCCACUAACAGAGUCUUCGGAUCUUCAUCCUGGCGAGGAAUACACUUAUCUUCUCACGCCAUCAUUGCCAUUCGAGCCGGACUUCUUUGAGACAUUUGCAACCUUAUGCGAUGUCUUGAUUGACGCUUAUAGCCGACUCGCCGCCUUAGUAUCAUCUCCCUCAGUCUGUACGGUGGCCCUAGGCGAGACAUUUUCCAAAGCAGAUGCCAGGUUACGAAAGAUCAUAGUAGCCGGCGCAGUGCGUGAGUUUGAAGAUGCGAGCCGAAAUAGUGUCAAGAAUGAAAUUGCUGGGGUCAACCGGGUGGUACUUGGCGGUUUAUUGGGAUAG